GACACAGUGUCAGUGCAGUGCUUUGCUAUAGGAUCGAUUUUAAGUUCGGUUCGUGGUUAUCUUUGCAAUUCGAGAAAUUCACAAAAUUAGUGCUAAGUGCAUUGAAAAUCUCUUAAUUAUCCUUAUUGAAAAACAAUAAUACUUAAUAAUUGGAAUGAAAAGAGUAUUGUUUUGAGGUCAUUACUAAAUUAGUGUGAAAAAUGACAGAGAAUCCGGACACAGUGAAGAAUAAUGCAUCAACGAAAAUACGGUGUUUCUUUGAUAUUACCCUUGGUGGUUUACCGGCUGGCAGAAUAGUAUUUGAGCUUGAACCAGACUUGGCACCAAAAACAUGUGAAAAUUUUCGUGCGUUAUGCACCGGAGAGAAGGGAAUCGGUAAAAAGACCGAGAAACCUUUGCACUACAAGGGAAUAAUUUUCCACCGGGUCGUUAAAAAUUUUAUGAUCCAGUCGGGUGAUUUUUCGAACAGCAAUGGCACUGGAGGCGAAUCAAUAUAUGGAGGGACAUUUGACGAUGAAGAUUUCAUUUUAAAACAUGAUAAACCAUUUCUUCUUUCUAUGGCAAAUCGUGGAAAGAAUACAAAUGGUUCUCAGUUCUUUAUUACAACGCAACCUGCACCUCAUCUUGAUAACGUCCAUGUUGUCUUCGGACAUGUAGUUUCCGGUCAUGAUUUAGUGCGACAACUGGAACAGCUGCCGGUUGAUAGAAAUUCUCGUCCUCUUCAGGACGCUGUCGUUUCCAACUGUGGCGAAUUAGUGAGACAGAUAAAAGAAAAAAAGGAAAAAAAGAAAAAGAAGUCAAAAUCACAUGCAAGCGAUGGUUCAGAAGAAGAAGAAGAAGGCUCCAAAAAGCGCAAGAAGGAAAAGAAGAAAAAGAAAGAAAAAAAGUCGAAAAGUGAAAAAGAAAAUGGAAAUACAUUGGAGGAAGGCGAGCUAAAGGACGACGGUGAUGCACAUCCGAUGAUUGUUAAGACUAAAAUAGAUCCAAGCGAAAUUCCGGAGGUUUCAAACAAAUAUCUGAUGCGAGGCGGUGGCAACAAACGACGCUAUGACAGAGACAGCGAGGAGGACGAAGAAGAAGAUGACAGUCGCAGUCGACGACGAGAAAGAGAUAGAGGGAGAGAACAGCGUGGUUUUGGAUGGUCAAAAAAGCGUGUUCCAGUUUCUAAAAGCGGCAGGGUCAUCAAAGGACGCGGAAACUUUCGCUAUCGGACCCCUUCUCGUUCACGAUCCCGUUCGCGCAGCUUCACGCCAAUUCAUUGGAGAGUUGCGCAAAACCGAACAAUCAAAAUGACGGAUUUAGAGAAGAUGGAAGAAGAAAAACGACUGCGCGAUUUAGAAAUUAAACGCCGCGAAUCCGAGCGUAAAAAAAGACACGAAGAAAUGGCUAAGGAUGCUUCAAAAAAAUCGUUUUUUGAACUAAAACAGGAAAAAGAAUCCAAUUCUCGUACCAUUGAGGACAAUAAUGGAUCAGAUCGACGAAAGGAAAACACACAAGAUAAGCCAAUAGACAUGAACGCACUGGACUAUGAACACCAAGGCGCAUAUUCUGAUGUAGAUGGCGAUGAUGGAAGCAAAAAUCCACGUAAUGAAACAAUCGCGAAGGUGUUUGGUUUAGACCCAAAGAAAAGAAAAGAGGCCGAGAAACAUGAAAUUCAGGUCAAAGGAAAACAAAAACUUCAAGAAAACGAAGGAGAUACCCGUGGAAAGAAUAACGUAGAGAAGCAGAAGCGAGAUAAAGAAGAAGGUCGGGAACGAAAGAAUGAAAAAGAUAAAAAGCGUGAACAAAAGCGCGAAGACCACAAAAAAGAUAUUUCAAGGAGCCUUUCGAAAGACCGUAGAAAAGACGAGUCCAGAAGUCGUUCUAGAGAACGCAAGCAUGAUUACCGAGAUCGUUCUCCUGUAUCUUUCCGAGGAGGAAAUCGGAGACAGUUUGUUGUUCGGUGGAGUAAUCAAAGAAGAGGUGGAUUUUUUUCACCGCGUGGUAGAGGUGGUCGAUUUGAUCGUUACCGUCGUUCACGGAGCUAUGAUCGUAGAAGAUCUCCAGUUCGGCACCGAAGAGGUCGUACAAGAUCUAAAAGUUCCCGAUCUUAUGAUCGAAGCAGUAGAAGUAGAUCUGAUUCUCAUCCUCGUCAUCGCAGUAGUGAUUCAAGAUCCAGAUCACGAUCAAUAAAAUCUGAAAGGGCAGUCACUUCUCAGCCCAAGUAUCGUAAAUCCCCCGAGGUUUUAAUUUCUAAGAUCAAACAAGAGCCUACUGAAGAAGAGAAGGCACAGCUUCAAAAAGAGAAAAUGUUAAAACGUGCUGAAACUCUACUGCUAUUGAAAAAUCACAUGGAAAAAGAAAUUGAGGAGCAACAAAGGAAAGCUCGUGAGAAACAAAAAUUGAAGGAGGACAGAGAAAAACUGGAAGCUGCUUUGGAGCUUGCUCAGCUCGAGAAGCUUAAGAAGGAAACUAUUGAAAAACUGCACGCCCACGACAGUAUGAAACUGGUAGCGGCACAUAAAAUCCUUGAAACCGUCGUUUCGUCAGUAAAAUCUAGUGGUACAUCAAAGAAGAAACAAAGGCGCAAACGUAGCUCGUCCAGUUCAUCGUCAUCCUCGACCUCUUCAGACGGUGAUAAGUCGCGCAAAAAAAAGAGAGAAAGAAAGAAGAAAAGUCGACGUGGAUCAUCACAUUCGUCCUCGUCGGAAUGAAACAGAACAAAAUUACAAAUGCAUUUUUAUCGGGUUUCUGUUGUCGUUACAGGUUGGAUUGAAUAAAAUGAAAUAAAUUUAUCUCUUAUUUCUAAGAUACCACAAGCAAAA